AUGAAAGGUGCAAGUGCCGCAGCUGCGACAAAAUCCUGGCCAGAUAGCCUGCAAGCUGUUCGUGCGGGUGCGCACACCAGACGUAAGUCGACUGUUCCAGAGUCUAGAAACGGACGGAGACGAGGUCUUGAGACCGCACCACUGCAGGUCCUCUCGGCUUCUCUACCCGGUCUGCCUGAGCCUGGGGUGGUCUCGCGGUCGCGCCCCAGGCUUACAGUCAGCCUGGGCUCCGUGCAGAAGGACACGGAGCCGGCGGACUUCAGUCCCUCUUCGCCAUCUUCCGCAAAGGCAGUGCCCGAGAGGGAGCACUCUUGGCGCUUCGACGAGAUGCUGACCUUCACCGUGAAAGAUCUCGCUGGGCCUGGGCUGAAGCUUCGCCUUCGGGUGCUCAACGAGACACAGCUGGGGCCUUUCCAGUUUCUGGGGCGACCUGCAGAUGUUGGCGAGGCGCAUCCUUCCUUCGUGCCUGCAGCAACCGCCGGGGGCCUCUACGGGGUCGGCCUAGGCUGUCACAGGGGUCAGUCUGCGGAACUCGAUUUCGAACUCGGUAGUCAGAAGGCGUCUCUUCCGGGAUCGGAGGACUACUUGUUGGACCUUGUGCGGCCGCAGAUGAACUUGGAGCAGAAGCUUCGGGAGCUUCGUCAAAGUUCGGACUUUGGGAUACUGAUGAUGGAAGAGUGGGCAAAGACGCUGGUUGUUUGCGUUUGUGUGCAUUUUGCAUUUUACUUUGCAGCUCUUUUUGCAGCUCUUUGCAGCUCUUUGCAGCUGCUGCAGCCUGCCAUACGCUUUAAAUGUGGCGUUUCAGAAGAGGUGGACCCCUUGGAUGUGGAUGCGGUGGUGGGACGAGCUGCGACCGUGGCUGAUGUGCAGAAGCCCCUGCCUGCGCCCGAUCUCUCUCCUGAAAACUGGGUGAGCACGGUAGGUCCCAAUGGCCGGAGGUAUUGGCACAACCUGGCAUUGGGUCCGGCACCUUGGGAGGAGUCCGAGGCCUCCCCGUCAUCGCCCGGCCUUCCCAGCCCGGAAGAGGUGCCGAGCGGCUGGAUCUACCGAGAAGGUGCAGAUGGCCGGCGGUUCUGGCAUCACGCAGACCUUGGUCCUCCACCCUGGGAGCUUCCUGCGCAGGCUUCUGAAGGACCCGCAGAAGGAGGCAGGGCCUGGGGUUUGAAAUCCCGACAUGAGAGCCCUGCAUUUCUGACGGCAGGCCAGUCGAUUGAAGUCACUGUUUAG